AUGUCGGAACCAGAGUCGCCAUAUCCCUAUCCCGAGGGCAACGGUAAUGGUGACCAAAAGACAGUUGGCAUCAUUACCGGAGUCUUGAGCUUCGCCGCAGUCGUCCUCAUCGCAUUUACCGUCUGGCGUAUGAUGCGCCCCAAGCCGCCCGCCCAAGAGGUUGAUCUCGAGGCUGGGCCCGAGCCGAAGCCGGAGGGCGAGGAGGAAGACGAGGAAUAUUACGAAGAUGAACUAUACGAAGGAGAUCUGGAGCUCCAAGAGCUGCCCCACAGACGGCCUCGCGAGCCACAGUCGGUGUAUUCGUCUGGUUCAAGACUGAAGAAGAGCGACCCCAAGCUGCUGCGACAACUCCCGGAACAAUUCCCACACCUCCCGCGGGAUGUUCAGCAACAAAUCUGGGACCACGCCGAGACACCGGGUCGAAAGAAGGAUCGCCACAAGGCCCCGGAACCACUUCCGCGACAACUUCGAAUGCAGCUAUGGGACUCGUUUCCCGAGGACGUUCAGGAACAUUUUUACGAAAAAAUCGACCCAGACAUUCAGAAACAUUACAAGCGAUGCCUCAAGAAGCAAAGACUCGAGAAGGAGCUUGCGCAGUUGUCAAGCAGUUCUCGAGGCCCUCAACAGAGCACAGUUGCCUCGAGCUCGCGUUCGAGCCGUCGAGGCCCCACGGAUGCCUCGAGCACGUAUUCGAGCGUCCGCCCGCCUACUACUGUUGGCACAAGCAUAUACCCGCCCAGCGAAGCAACCUUUGUAGAUGUCCCAGGGACUUAUCCCAGCCGUCGGGCAGCCUCUAACCCACCAAGACUACAUGGAAGACGUCGAGCGCUGUCGAGUGUUCUUACAUUGGAGUAG